CAACGCUCCAUUCUCGCUUUUUUGAAAACUGAAAGCCAUUUUCGCCGGGAAGUUUCUUGCACUCCAUUACCCUUUCUCUCCUUCUCCCUAAAGGAGAGCUCAAAACCAACACGAAACAACAACAACAACACAUAGAUAUAUACGUGUAAUAUAUUCAUAUAUAUUCAUAUACGCGUAUAUAUCUCUGUAUCUCCUUCCUUCCGUAAGUACACCUUCAUCUCAAAUCAUGCAUUAUUCUCAUAAUUUCAGGUAAUUCCUCGUGAAUUUCGAUCACCGCCACUGAUUUCAGCUGAUAUUAGACUGGUGGACGGGAGAUUAAGAGAUAUUAGAAUUUGGUAUCGUGAAAUUGGCCUUUUAUGAGAUGGCGGGGACGACGGUUACCAAUGAGGAUUUGGUUUCAGAGGAUGAUAUUCCGACGGGUUUGAAUAGAAUUAAGACUCGUGAUGCUGAGUUAAUGGAUUCGGUUAGCUUCAAACGUGUUGAUUAUGGUCUUUCUUCUGAUAGAAAGCCACAUCCGAAGAAGAAGCCAUGGGUGGUAGGUCAGGGACAUGUAAAACCUUCUGUUCCUAGAGAAGGACAGAAGAAGGGGAAAAAGACAUCUUGGUGGUCAAUAUCACGUCUUUUCAAGGAUUCUAAUCAAGAUGACGAUGAGUACAGGGAGCAAAAUACCAAGGCCCUUAGCAAGGAGCGGACAAAACAUAAACUGCAAAAGAUGGUAACGCAUUCAGUGCCAAGCCAAUCUUCAGCAGCGAGGCCUGCUACUAAAGUAUCAAACAUGAAAAGUUUCUCCCAAGAAUUGGGACCAAAGGGUGGUAUUCAACAUCUUUAUCCCCGAGCUCAUAGCUAUAAUGAUUUAAAGGAGCUUCUGGGAUCACUAUCAUCAAGAUUUGAUGCAGCAAAAGAAGUCGUGAAUACGGAGUUGGCUUGUUUUACGGAGGAUGUAAAAGAACUAUUGGAAAUGAACGAUUCCCUAUCCUCUGAAGCACACAGAACAGUGAAGGAUCUCCUGAUUCUCGGUGAAAAAUGCAGUGGAAUGAGUUCCCUGGAAUUUCGUAUUAAUUGUGAAACAAUAGUUCAAGAUUUAACCGAGAAGAGGAAACAAUGUCAUGAAGGAGUACUGAAAUGGCUCUGCACACACAUGCUUUUUAUCUUGACGAGAUGUACUAGGCUGUUGCAUUUUGAGAGAGACACUGAGCCUCUUGAUAACAAAUCUCUUCACAAGUUGAAGAAAUGCUUAGACAAUGUUCCUUCUGUUGAAAUGAGCUGGGAUCCUGAUCUAGGGAAUUCCAAGUUGGGGGGAUGUUUCUCUGACCUGAUGAACAAUGCUGAGAAAAAACUUCAGAGACAAAAGCAGGUUCCUGUACUCCCUGCAGCUGAAUCUUCCAUAGUUGAAGUGCUAGCAAAUGGCUGCAGUUCAAUUGCACUGAAGGAUCCUGUGCAGAAUUCUCAUGAUAAUGAUAUGAUUCUACAUAGUCAACAUGUGGGCCAAGAUAAUGACGACGAAUAUCUCCAUGACACAAAAGAUAAAGAUCACAUUUCAGUCGAAUUGGCUAGAACAAAGUUUGAGGGAGCUGAUAUGGUUAUCUGUAGAAUAUGCGAAGAACCGGUCCCUGCAUUGCAACUGGAGUCUCAUUCCUAUAUUUGUGCUUAUGCAGAUAAAUGUGAUACAAAAGGUUUAGAUAUAGAUGACCGUCUUGUAAAGCUUGCAGAUAUGCUUGAACAAAUAAUAGAGUCCUUCAAUAUAAGUACUCAUGAAUCAAACAAAAGCACAGAGAACUCAGUUGCACAAAUGAUCAAUUCCUUUAACACAUCAGAGGUUUGCUCCCCAAAGAUGAAUGAAUGGCGAAGUAAAGGUGUGGAAGGAAUGUUUGAAGAUCUUCAUGAUAUGGACACAGCUUGUCUAGAUGAUUCUAACAUUGCAACCCUCGUCCAUUUAAGAAGUUACUUGGGCACGAAACUUGGUCAUUGUGGCCCUCCUUCCUCAUCUGGGAGUAUUUCAAGUUCUUCAUGCAAUACCCCUAGAACAGGACAUUUUGACUCAUUUUGGGUAGAACAGGACCACCUCUCCGGGUCAGAGGACGUUCAACAUAUGAUCAACCUAUCAGAUAUUGCUCAUUCUGUGGCUGGAACAGAUAUUUCCAAGAUAGGUUCCAUUGAGUAUUUACUUGCCUGUAUGGAAGACUUACAGGAUGUUUUGAAACAAAGCAAGGUUAAAGCACUUGUAAUAGACACAUUUGGAAGUCGAAUUGAGAAUCUUUUAAGAGAGAAAUACAUACUUGCUUGUGAAGUUAUUGAUUCAGAAAGCCUCAGCAGACAAGAUAGCUCUAAAAGUUUGUUGGAUAACAUGUCUUUUGCUAGUACUGUGUCUACUCCUCUACAUCUUUCACAUAAAGAAAGAACAAGCAUUGAUGACUUUGAAAUUAUUAAACCUAUUAGUAGAGGUGCCUUUGGAAAAGUCUUUCUUGCGCGCAAGCGGACGACAGGGGAUUUAUUUGCUAUAAAGGUUCUCAAGAAACUUAAUAUGAUCCGGAAAAAUGAUGUUGAACGUAUAUUGGCAGAGCGCAAAUUGAUAACUGUUCGGAAUCCCUUUGUGGUUCGGUUUUUCUAUUCAUUCACAAGUAGAGACAAGCUUUAUUUGGUGAUGGAGUAUCUUAACGGUGGUGAUUUCUAUUCUUUGCUGAGAAAAGUUGGAUGCCUCGAGGAAGAUAUAGCUCGCAUCUAUAUUGCAGAAUUGGUUCUUGCUUUGAAUUUACACUCACUAGGGAUUGUACAUCGUGACUUAAAACCAGAUAACAUAUUGAUUGCAGAUGGCCAUAUCAAGAGUAUGUUUGUUGGUGAUAGGCUUUACCAAGCUAGGAGACAAGGAAAUAGACAGUCUUCUAGGAGAGGUUUCCUCAAAAGGAUGACAAAAAUGCUUACUGAAUGUUUCUUCUUCUCUGGAAGAACAAAUACUUCUCUGGUCAAUACUUCAGUUGACAAUCUCUCCUCACAGAUUUUGGAUUAUCCAAGAUUGGGCCUUAUGACAGCACAGGGGAUUUACCUGGACUUGAAAGAGAUGGGAUUUUCACCUUCAGUCCUCCCCAGUAAUCUUAAACCAACAAAGAAUGAUGUAAACCGGCAGUCAGCUAGUAUAAACCAUAUCAUGUGUAUCUACACAUACUCAAACCUGAAUAAACAACAAAAGUUAAAAUUACAUUCGGGAAUAACUUGCAGUUAUGCUGCUGAUUGGUGGUCAGUUGGGAUUCUCUAUUUGAGUUUAUCACUGGAUUCCCCCUUUACAGCGGGACAUCCAGAGGUAUUAGUUACACAACGGAAAGUUCCAUGCCUUCUGUUCCGGGGAAAUGUUCCCUAUGAGGCCCAAGACUGGAUUGACAGGGUUUAUUCCUUGAAGGAAGUUAAGCACGACCCCUACUGCCAUGCUCCCCACUUUAAAAUGAGGCUUUUGGUUUCAGACGCUUCACUAUCCUGUGUUGUCCUUCUGAAAGGGGUUGUAGUUUUGAGUCACCCUGGAGUUAUCAUUGGACUUUUAAACUGUUUCUACCCAACUGCUGAUUCUAGUGAAACAACCUUUAUCGCAGGCCUGGAUGUGAUGAAGAAUAACAACGAUACAUGGGAGGUGAUGAAGAAUAACAACGAUGCACUUGAAGACCCCAUCUUCGUCAAUUUGAUGCAUUAUGUCAACAGUCUUUAUUCUAAUUUUUUGUUUAUCAAUUGUAGAAUUCUGGUUCAUGAUCCAGAGAAACGCCUUGGUGCAAAAGGAUCAGCAGAGGUGAAAAAUCAUCCUUUCUUUAGAGGAAUUAACUGGGACAACCUUGCUCACUAAAGGUAUUCAAAGGCAGCUUUUGUACCCCACCUUGAUAGUGUGGAUGAUACAAGUUAUUUUGUGCCUCGUUACACUCAGCUUUCAGAUGUAGCGCCUGAUCAAGACUCGGACGAUUCCUGCUUCGGAAAUUAUCUUAUUACCAACUGCCCUUUCUUUCUCAUUUUUAUAUUCCUUUUUCCUAAUGGUAGAAAGAUGGAUGACUGUGGUGAUCUUGAGCAAUUUGGUUCUUCAAUUGAUCUCUUGAUAAACUUUUCUUUCAAGAACUUAUCACAAUUAGCAUCCAUCAACAGAGAUGUCCUCUUACAGAACUGGAAAGAUCUCAAAUGCUCCUCCCCGAGCAAGGGUACGAUGUCUCUCCCCCCUUUUUUGGCUAAAAACUUUGAUCUAAGAUAUUAA